GAAUUCUUUCUCGGAAAUAGUCUCAGCAUAUCUAUCGGGCAGCAGAUUAUGUUGCCUAUCUUGGCUACUUCACUCCGGCGCACCAAGAUAUUGACCCAUUUAUGGAUAGCAAAUUUUCUUAUUUCUUGUUUUUAGAUAGAUUAGGGCACGGUCUUGCGAGAAGACGUUCCUAAUCUACCCCUAUAUCUUACUUUAAAAAAAAUUAUAAUAAAAAUAAAAAAUAAAAAAAUAAAAAAUAAAACAAUUAUUGCUCCACAAUUACAAUUUCUGUUUAUCUCCAUAGACCAUUAAAUUCAAAGGGACCAUGAAAAGGGCAAAAUAGUAAUCUCACUUAAAAAAAAGCAAAAAUUACCAAAAAUAGUAAGAAUUCCACCUGCAAAGCACUCUACCUCAGGUCCUUAACCUCUACGUCACCUUGCAUGCAUUUAGGAAAAAGAAUCCCAUUCCCCCAUCCCUAUUUUCCUUCAUUCAACGACGUCGUUUUCUUUUAGGGUUGAACAUUUUUAUACUACCUUCUCUUUCAUUUCAUUCAUCUCCUUGAAAUUUGAGCUCUUUUUUUUUUCUUUUAACUUCAGCUUUCUCUUAAACUCUCACUUCUUGUUCAAUAAUCAGUCUUUUUUUAAUUUUCAUUUCCCAAGGAGAAAGAAGAAAAAUCAGAAAUGGGGAGAGGGAAGAUAGAGAUAAAGAGGAUAGAGAACACGACGAAUCGUCAGGUGACAUUUUGCAAGAGAAGGAAUGGAUUGUUGAAGAAAGCUUAUGAGUUAUCUGUCCUCUGUGAUGCUGAAAUUGCCCUCAUCGUCUUCUCUAGCCGCGGCCGAGUUUAUGAGUUCUCUAACAACAACAUAAGGUCGACAAUAGAGAAAUACAAGAAGGCAAAUUCAGAUGGCACAAACACUGUUACAGAGAUUAAUGCUCAAUAUUACCAACACGAAUCCGCAAAGUUAAGGAACCAAAUACAGAUGAUGCAAAACUCUAACAGAAAUCUGAUGGGUGAAUGCUUGAGUUCCUUGACUGUUAAGGAGUUGAAGCAAGUUGAGAAUCGACUUGAAAGAGGCAUCUCAAGAAUUAGAUCGAAAAAGCAUGAAGCACUACUUGCUGAAAUCGAAUUCCGUCAGAAAAGGGAGGCAGAGCUUGAGAAUGAAAACUCGAUUCUCCGAGCUAAGAUAGCUGAAGUUGAGAGACUCCAACAGCUAAACAUGAUGCCAAGUGAGACUUUGGAUUUUGUUAAUCCUUUCGUGCCACGAGAUCACUUACUUGCAGAAAACAUGCUACAGAAUUGCUCUGAAUUUGCUAAUGCUAAUUCUGAGAAGAAGCUAUUUCACCUAAGGUAAAUCAAAAAACGCAGGCAGCUCAGAACAAGUUCAGACGAAAAAUGGAACUUGAAGCUUCUGGCUAGAAGUUCAACGUGUUUGUUGUAGCAACAAGCAUUGCUCUAUCUUUAUUUCUUACUUGGUUUUAAAAUAAGAGUUAAGAGAUAACUUUAUCGUUUAAAUUAGCAAACGCGAUUGAUAAUUACUGUACCUGUUUAUUUUAAGGUCCUGACAAUUGUUACCUCUUGUUUUCUAGAAUAAUAGCCAGGUUACAUGUACAAUGAUAAGCCAAUAGCAUAAAGCUGAUAUUACAAUCUUUA